CACUAGUGCUUCGAACGUCGCAUGUGCAGGACAUCGCCUCCUCAGACGACUCAUCUCCAUUAGGACUACCCUUCGACCCCUUAAGGAAGUUUCCCGCUCUCCGGACUGAGCGAGCGCCAUGGCGGCGUUCAGUCAGUGGUCGACGACGUGUCUCUUGUUGUGGUCUGCACUACUCUUCUCAUAUGCUACCGCCGCGCCCGCGCCUAUAACUGAAGGUGACCUUGCGCAGAGUCAGGCGCUGGAGUACCACAAUGAUACAGGAGCAUCCAGAUGUUACUACAACUUCCAGCACUAUGAGGAGGGAGACCGGAUAGUCACCAAUGAGCCAUGCCUGAACUGCACGUGCCACAAGCGCAUGCUCAUGUGCUACUUGCGGGUCUGCCCCUUCACCAAAGCCGUGGGCCAGGACUGCACGGUGGAGAAGAAGCCAGACCAGUGCUGCCCGGUCAUCACUUGCCCAGAAGUACCAGUGGAUAUCCUGACAAGUUCUACGACGACACUAGCUACACCCUCCUCAGCAGUAGGACAUCUGAGCAAUUACGGUUGCACGCUCGAAGAUAACACUUUCUACCCUGAUGGAGUGCAGAUGCCGUCAGAUCCGAAAAAGCCCUGUGAGCUGUGCUACUGCAUCCGCAACCACACUGCAUGUGUGAGACAGGAGUGCACGCUGAACGUAGAGGGCUGUCGACCUGUGUACCAGGAGGGCGUAUGUUGUCCUGUCAGAUAUGAUUGUGAUUACAAUGAGAUCAGUACAACAGAGCAACCGAGCACAGGUGGUCUGGUACUUGGGACAACACCAAAUCCACUGCAGUGCCGCUUCGGGGACACCCUUUACAACGAUGGCGAGCUGAUGGUGACUGACAAGCCUUGUGAAUCUUGCUAUUGCAUGCGCGGUGACAUAGUAUGUGCUGUGCGCAGCUGUGGAGAACCAAUGGAAGGAAAGGAUUGUCAACCCCUUCCACCGCCGGAGGGUGAAUGUUGUCCUACGACCUAUCAAUGUGCAAACGAGACUAUUCCGAUUGAAGCUCUGGUGACAGAAAGCAGUAUUGUAAUGCAUCUGGAUGAUUUACAAACCCAAGGAUCAUUGGCGAAUUCUGAAAAUGACCAGAUAGCACCUGAGUCUACAAACACAGAGCUGGAAGGGUCAAAUGAAGAAAAGAAAGAAGAAACUCCUGUUGUUGAUCAACAUGCAGAUGUACCUGCAGAAGAAGUCGCUGCAGUUGAAGAAAUUGAAGAGAAGCCUUCAGUGGAUCCAAGUGAAGAAGGGUCUGUAUCUAACUCGGAGGUUACUCCAAGUGAACUCCCAGAAGGUGGCGCUAUAGAUCAGGAGAAUAACGUUGAGGAUGCAACUGAAGUAAAGCCCUCGAUGGAUCAAACUGAAGAAGGGUCUGUUCUUCAAGCGGAAAUCUCUCCUAGUGAAACCCCAGAAGAAAGUGUCAAAGAGACGAUGGAGGAAGAUAAAACUGAAGAGCAUCAAAUAGUUGAUCAAAGUGAAGAAGGGUCUGUUAUUCAAGCAGAAGUGUCCCCGAGUGAAAUGCCAGAGAAGCACAUUGAGGAUAAGAUUGAAGAUGAAACUGUGGUAGCUGGUGAGUCUAUUCUGUCGGAUCCUAUAAAUGCAGAUGAACUGGAAGAGGAAGACAUUCUAUCAGGUCACAUUCCAACGAUUCAUGAAGAACACAGCAGUUCAGAUGUAGUCACUGAUGCUCCUUCAGAUUCCUUAGAAAAUUUAGCAACUUCGGCUCCAGCUUUAAGUCAAGAAGAAGAGUCAAACCAUCACAUAUCUAGCUCCCAUCCAGAAGAACCAUUGACUGAAGGGCCACUCAGUAACUCUGGGCCAUCAGGCAUUGAACCAGACAGUGAAGAAUCUGGCAUUGCUCCUACACAAUCUGAUAUUAACGUUUUAAAUGAAUCAGUUGAGGAAGAAAAUGCCAUACCCAAACACCCGGAAAUCCCCUCAUCAGAAGGUACAUCAAUGAUUGAUAAUAAUGAAUCGACUCCUAAACCACUAGAAGAAGAAUUAUCACACAAGUUGGAAGCUUCACAAGAGCAUAGUGAAACUGAUCAUGUACAAGAUGAACAUGAAUCCCAAUCUUUACCAUCUGAUUCUGAUAUUGUUACUGAAACAGCACAAAUCCAUUUAGAAGAAGCUCAAGAAACGUCUACUAAGUCAACUGAGCAAAGCAUAACUGAAAACUCAGAAUUGCUUUCUGAAGGAGAUGAACAAAAAGUGACUGAAGAAGCAGCAUCUGAAGCGAAUUCAGAUGAUACAAAAGUUGAUCAACCACAGACACAUAAUGAUGAUGUUGACUCUGAAAACAAUCUAACAGAACAACCUUUGGAUGUUAAACCUGAAGGGGAAACUGAAUCACAAGGAUUAGUUGAAGAUGUAUCACAUGAAUCUACCGAUUCAGAAGAUACCAACAAAGAGCCUGAAUCAGAGCCUGUUUCUUCAGACAGCACUGAACCAGCACAAGAGGAAAAUAAAGAACCAGAAUCGGAAAAUGAAGAUGUAAAAACAAAUGAACCUGUUGAAGAGACAAAACAACCAGAUACUUCGAUGGCAAAUGAGAAUCCUGUAGUGUUAGAGGAAGCCAUAAGCAGUGUUCCCGAAUCACCAGAAUCCUUGGAUCAAGUGAAGGAAUCAGAAGUUUCUCACGUAAAAGAUGAAAUAGGCUCCAAUGAACUUGUUAGCCAUCCUGAAGAGAACGACAAAGAAUCUAACAGUGAAAAUGUACAAGGUUCUCAUGAUGAAGUUGAAGCAGAGACCAACAACUCUGGUUUGCCAGAUCAAACCGUAGACGAAAGUGAAUCCACUGAUGUACCUACUAAUGCUAACACUAAUGUUGAGGGUGAAGUUGUACACAAAGAACCUAUUCCACCUAGGAAGGACGAUGCAGUUCCUGAAGAGCAUGAUCAACCAAUACAACACCAUGAAGGUAGUAUGACAAAGGCUGAAGAUUCUAUUCCUACUGAUCCAACUCUUGGAAUGGUUCCAGUAGAGACAGAAGUCCCAAUAAAAACAGAAGAAACUGAAAACAAUUCAGAGCUAGAGCAAUCAACCGAACCCAACAUUAAACCGUUAGAUGAAAUAACAGAACAUGAUGUGAAACACGACGAUUCAGAACAAAGCGGUUCAGAUGUGCAGCAAGAGAGUGAGUUGCAUGAAUCUACAGAUGUACAAACUGAAUCAAGUAUUGCAUCAGAAGUUCCAGCUGAACCUUCUUUACUUCCUGAAGUAGCGUCAGAAAACACAAGUGAAGUUACCAGUGAAGAUAUGGACAAUAACAAUACUGAGUCACCUCAAACAGUUAUCACAGACCAACAAUCUCCAGCCAACCCUGAUUCCAAUAGUGAUCAUAUUGAAAACGAAUCAAUUUCAAAUGACUCGGUAUUAGAGGAAAAUCAAGAUAACAACGAGAAAGCUACAGAAAAUAAAGAAACUGAUACAUCAAAUGAAAACGAGUCUGUACCAAGUGUUGUUGUUACAGAAACCGAUGUUCCAACAAAUUCUAUAUCGAAAGAGAGUGAAGUUAAACCUGAAGGUUCAGAUAGUUCUGUAACUUCCGAAGGUGCAAGUAUUGUAUUUGGUGAAGGAGAUAACAGUCAGGAUAGUCAAACUGACAAACCUGAUCAGGAAUCUGAAGAGACGACAUCACAGGAGAUUCACGAUGACCACCCAUCCUCUGUAAUAUCUUCAGAUAGUGAUUCAUCUUCUGCUGAUUCAACACAGAACAUUUCCAAUAGUGAGGAAUCAAAUGAGCAAAAUAAAGAAGAACAUACUGAAGGAAAUGAAGUUUCACAGGUCAAUGAUAAAGUAACAAAUGAUGGUACCCCUGCAAAUAUUGAGGAGGAGACAUCAACAGAUCAACACAAUGUGGUUGAACUUUCCCAAACAGAAGUAAAUGAAAUUCCUGAAAAGACAGGAGAGGAUGAAGCACAGGACACGGAGAAAUCUACAGAGUCAUCUGAACAAAAAUUCCCUUUAUCUGAAACAACAGAAACGUCUGAGCCUGCAAAGGAUGCAAUUGAAGAUCACGCAGAUGCCACAGAUAACGAACUUCACGCCAUUGAAUCAACUCAAGCUCCAUCUGUUAAUCAGGAACCAGAUAAUAACCAAAGUGAAAUAGAGCAAUCAGAAGAUGCGUUAGUUAAUAGUGAAGAUUCAGCUAAAGAAUCUCAGACUGAAAUCCCUAUAAGUGAAGAUAGUAGUGCCAAUGCAAUUCAUCAGGAUGACAAUGAAAACAAACCUGAAGAACAAAACAAUGAAAAUAAACCUGAAGAAAGCUCUGAGAAUCAGACUCCAACUGUAAAUUCUGAACCAGAAAAAGCUGCAGAGGAAACUCCAGAUACGAAUGAAUUCCAUGAAGUAGCGCAUGAUCCAGUUGAAUCAGACCCCACUGAUUUUGAUGACCAACAUUUUGAAGAUCCGUACCAUCAAGAUCACGAAUCACCAUCUGAAAAUGAAAUAGUUGAUGAUCAUCUUCCGGGUCAUGGGGGAUCUAUUCAGCCCGAGGUGCCUGUAUCUGUACCCGGACCUGUCGGCAUUGUCCCUGGGGAAGGAGAUUGUUUGGUUGAUGGACAAACAUACACCAACAACUCCAAAAUUCCCUCGAAAAGCCCUUGCCACAAGGAAUGUAUCUGCCUAAGUAGCAUUCUUCACUGUCAAGGAAUCGAUUGUCCUCCUCCUCCUCCGCAACUAGCCAACUGCAUGCCUGUUCAUCAAAAUGAUCUUUGCUGUCCAGUAUACACAUGUGAUGGAGAUACACUUGAGGGCCCUCAGGCUCAUAACCAUAUGGGGGUGAGCGAAGAACAACCAGUUGCUGAAAACCAUCUACCAGAAGGUGGGGAUGAGAAAGUUACAGAAAUUCCAGCGCACUCUCAGGAUGAUGUCUCAACUGAUUUGCCAAAGAACCAAGAACAAGAGACAUCCCAAGAUGUAACACCUGAGCAGACGAGUGAUGUGGGUGAACCACAGCCUGAAAACAAUGUCCAGCCUGAAGGAGAAGCAACAGAAGUAGUUAGUGAAGCCCAGGAUACAGAUGGUGCUGCAGAAGAGACUGGCACACCAAGUGAGGAAGUCUCCAGCACUGAAGCUGUUAACCCUCCAGUACCAGAAGAAACUAAUAUCAAUACAGGAGAAUUGCCAAAUUCAUCAUCACCUGCACAUGAAGAAGAAGGAAAUCUAUUGCCGUCAGAUAUAGUUUCACAUGAAGAUGAAACAAAACUUACUGAUGACUCUAGUAAUUCCUUUCCUACAGAAUCCAGUGAAAAAGACUUGUCAGAGGUCAAUGCUGAACAACAACCACUUGCAGAAAGUGGGCCAGUAGAAACCCAGACUAAUACUGCAGAAACAUCAGAUGUAGAGGAUACUUUGAGUGUAACCUCUGUACCUGAUUCCAAUGUUCAUCUGGAAGAUGUCCACAAAGAAGAAGACACAGAAAAUCAAGCAGAGAUACUGACCGACCAAGGUGAAAUUCAUGAUGAGUCUGCUACUGAAAGUUCAAUCUCAACUGAUGAUCCUUUAUUACAUAAAGAAGAACAACCUCCCAUACCAGAUGACACUAAUGUGAUAGCAGAAACAGAAAAUUCUCAAAGUGCUGUAGGAGAGGAUGGAUCUACUCACCAACCUGAAGAUGGAAGCGGUGAGAACCCCCCUGCUGGAGACAGUGUUGAAACAGAGAAUAAUGAAAAUGAUGUGCCCGUAACAGAGGUUUCAAAUGAAAGUGGAAAUCCAAUUGAAAGUGACACUGAAGUGCCAUCUAUUAAUAGUGCUGACAAUGAAUUGCCACCAAACUCUGAAAAUGAAAGUUUACUUGGAGAGGAAAAUAUCAACUCAAAACCUGAAGAUAACUCACCAGUAAAUAAUGCAGAAACUUCCCCUAUAGAAAUAUCUACAGCACAUGUGUCUCAAGACGAAUCUGAUAUCCCUGUACAAUCUAAUGAAGAAUCAGCUAACGUGGACACUGAUCUAGAUAUUAAACCAACUCUACCAUCUGAUGAAGUUCAUGAAAGUGCUCAGACAGAAGGGUCAGUUGUAUCUGAUGAUUCAUCUUCAUCUCCAUUAGAUACCAAUGAAGAACACCCAGUAACUGAAGGCCAGGUGAAUCAGAUAACAAAUGAAGAAGAACAUGAAACUGCAGUUGUUGAAGAAUUAGAAAAUAGUAAUGCUGAAAAUCAAAGUGUCGAGAAGGUUACAGAAGAAGAAUCCUUGAAUGAACCAACUGAACAAAUUAACUCUGAAACAGGGGAAAUAGAUGAAACCCUAAGUAACACGCCUAUACCAGAUUCAAAUGAACCAACCGAAAAAAAUCAAGAGGCUCUUGAGUCACAUGUUCCAGAGACAAAUGUUGAUGAAACCUCAAGUGAAAGCACGAGUAAUGUUGAAACUGAACACCAUGCAGAUGCAAUAGAAACCAUUCAUUCAGAAGAACCAUUACCUGAUUCCGAAGAUGGUGUAACUCAAGGGCAAUCUACAGAAGAUACUGAGAAGACAACUACAGCUUCUGUUGAUAAAAUUGAAAACAACAAUAAUAAUGAUGAAAUGCAAAAUGAAAUAACUGAACCAGCACAGCAAGUUCCAGUUGAAGGCCAAGAACCAGGAGAAGUUGAAACAGGUUCAGAAUCGGGAGAUCUAGAUGAGAUUUCAGAAAUUCAAACUGAAUCUAGUCAUUUAGGUGAUAAUAUAGAAAGUAAGCCCUUAGAUGAACAACAUACAAUUUCAGAGGUUGCAAAUGUAGAGAAUGGUGAAGUUCAAACUCCAGAGACAGAUGAUACAAUUUCUCAUCACAGUGCAAUAGACAGUAGUCAAUUUUCAACAGAAAAUCCAUUUGGUUCUGACCAUGGCCCUUCAACUAAAGAACCAACCACAGAGGUUGAAAUUAGUACCAAAAUAGAGUCUGAUGAUGUAAACGAUCCUAAUGCAUCUGAUGACAUUUCCAUAUCGACUGAAGGCUAUAGUGAUGUGGUUAAAGGCCCUGAAUCAGAUGAUUUGACAUUAAGUGCAGGACCUAAUGAUGUAGUUUCAGUCGACCCACAAAACAAUGAAGGUUCUCCAGAAACUGUUCCUUCUAGUCAUGAGAGUGAGGUUUCAGUAGAGAAUGAGGUUAGCAGUUCUUCAUCCGAAGUUGGAGAGACUGAUCACCAAUCUCCUGUAUCUGUUGCACCAGAUCAGGCUAGUCAGGAAGGAGAAAGUUCUGUCUCUGAAGAUAAUCAGACUGUUGAUAAGCUAUCAGAGUCUGCUAAUGAUUCUGAACAAGAAUCUGCAGAACCGGAGGUUACAAACCAAGGGGAGGAACAGCAAGUCAUUGAGGUUGAACAUCCAUCCCAAGAAAUUGCAGGAUCAAGCGAAGGACAAGAAUCAACUGAGCUACCUUCUAUCUCAGAACAUGAAGUAGCAAGUCAAGUUGAUGUUGAAGUAUCUGAACAUGAAGAAAGUGGACAAGAAAAUGUUCCCAUCAAAGAACACUCACCACAAGAAGAUGGAACACCAUCUGACAUUGAUACAUCUGUUACCGAUGACCAAGGUGAGGUUCAUGGAGAAGAAGAAUCUGAACACAAAGAACCCCAUGAAGAAUCACCUACUCAAGAUGAAAAUGUGAUUAAUGGUAUAGAAAGCACCUCUUCUGCAGAAGGAGCAGUUCAUGGCGAAGAAUCGAUUGUUCAUGAAUCUGAUGGGACAUCGCUCAGUGCAGAAGACGCAGCUCAAAUUAAUACUGUCGAUCUUGAACAAGGGUCUGAUCAUCCUGAAUCUGAACCACCCACACAGGAAUCUAAUGAAUCAAUUAAAGAGGAAGAAAGUUCAGUCCAAGAACAAGACCAUUCAGUUCCUGAGUCAGGACAUACAGUUGAGGAGGAAUCUGACCAACAUGCUCAGCAAGGACAUCCUAUUGAGCAGGAAUCUGACCAACAUAUCCAAGAACCAGAACAUCAUGUUGAUCAGGAAUCUGAUCUACAUAUUCAAGAGCCAGAACAUCCAGUUGAUCAGGAAUCUGAUCAGCAUAUUCAAGAGGUAGAACACCCUGUUGAUCAGCUUCCUGAUCAACAUAUUCAAGAGCCAGAACAUCCUGUUGAUCAGGAAUCUGAUCAACAUAUUCAAGAGCUAGAACAUCAUGUGGAUCAGGAGUCUGAUCAACAUAUUCAAGAGCCGGAACAUCCAGUUGAUCAGGAAUCUGAUCAGCAUAUUCAAGAGCCAGAACAUCCUGUGGAUCAGGAGUCUGAUCAACAUAUUCAAGAGCCAGAACAUACUGUUCAUCAGGAAUCUGAUCAACAUGUUCAGGAACCUGAACAUUCUGUGGAUCAGGAGUCUGAUCAACACAUUCAGGAACCACAACAUUCCAUUCCGGACUCAAAUUUGUCAAUCCAAGAUUCAGGACAUCUAGUUCAAGACUCUGACCAAAUAGUCCAUGAAACUGAAGAAAGCAUUCAUCCUCUCAACCAACCUCAAGACUCAAAUUCAGUGCUUCCACCAUCAGGAGAGACUCAAAUGAAUGAACAAGAUGAGUCAAAACCAGAGUCAAGCAAGCCCACUGAUACUGAUUUACCUACCGAAGAUCAAUUCCCUACUGGUGCAGACAUUGACUAUGAUGUAACUGAAGAUGGUGCUUUUGGCCCAGGAACCUGUCGGUAUGGAGGAAAAGUCUAUGUCUCGGCUCAACAGAUUCCAAGAGAUGAUCCUUGUGACUUCUGCUUCUGCUUCCGAAGUGAUAUCAUCUGCUUGCAACAGAGUUGUCCUCCCCCCAUUCACAGAUGUCAUCAGGAACCUAUUCAAGGAUAUUGUUGUCCAAGGUAUCAGUGUCCUGUCUCCAUGGCAACCAGUCUCAACCUGACUACCACCACGACAACAACAACCACCACUUUGCCUCCACAUUUCUUUGCUCAUGCCUACCAAGGGGCAGCCAGGCACUCUGGAUGUCUUCACAGAGGACGAGCCUACAAUGUGGGCGAGGAAAUUACUACAGCCUCUGGUCCCUGUUUACAAUGCAUAUGCGGUGCUGAUGGGCAGAUGAAGUGCGACCCUGUAGUCUGCAGUCCCGAGCCGAUGUUGAGGAAGAUGAUGGAAGCAGCCAUCAGCCAUCGCAGAAGAUGAAAUCUCCGUAGUGCUAGUGACAAGACAAUUCCACGGGUGCCAAAAUCCACCUCACACAUACGCGUGCGCGCGAUGCUCGUGUGAGAAGGGCCUUGCCCUGACCUAGUGUAAGGUUUCGCUGCCAUGGACGAGUACUCCCUGCUCAAAACAGACUGGCGAGUUUGUCCAGCUCAGAAUGAAUGGUGCUAUAUUUCUGAUUGCAUUGUUUGUUUUUAAGAUGGUAAAAUUGUUGAUGUUGAACUUGUAUGAUAGUCAUUAUUUAUCUCUACUUUCUACAGACUACGAUAUUAGUUGUAUUGAAGCUCAUGACUCAAAUUAAAUUAAUUCAUCUCGUAGCAUUAGAUAGGUUUCAAUUUUUUGCUAAUUUUUUAGCAUUGGAAUCGCUAGCCUGAAUAGUUUGAUUGGUAGAAUUCUGUGUUGUGUAAUAUUUAAUAUUAUUAAAAUUUUAUUUAAUUUAGCUUUAGGUCGGAUUUCUGCCUCUCGAACGUUUAGGCUAAAUGUACAUGACUAUUCCUUAAUAUUUAAGUUCAUUUAGGUGUAAGUUACGAUUAUAUAUAAAUACAUUUUAAGUGAAACAGUGAACCUAGUAUACAGUAAUUAUUGUGAUUUAGUGAAUGAACGUGUAUGAAUGAUUGUAAAUGUAUUAUUGUCCGUGUGUAGUACUGCACUUUUUACUUUUGUAAAAGUAAUAGGAUUGCUGAAUUAAAAUUUUAUAAACUUUAUAUGAA